UGGCUAAGCUAACCUGGCUACCUGCAGUGAAACGCGCUUUAAGGAGGACACCACCGUGUUUUGUCGUUAGCACAGUUAGCAGCUCCCUGAACAGACACUUAACACGUGGACGCCGGUGUCCCGCCGGGCGGAGACUGAGACCAACAACUCCCACCAGCUAAGCUAAUGAAGGAGCUGAAGCCCGGUCUGAGCUGUGAAGGCUGAGGGGAGGAUAAGCAGCUGGCUGAGAGACGACUGACAGAGCUGCCACUUUGCUGGAGAAGCUGCAAGACAACAGGGCACCGUAUUGUUUUCUUGGCUUCACUGAAGGUGUGAAGACUCAAAGGAACACCUCAUCUUACAUGCUGGGGCGUGUGGGGCACAGAACCUUCACCAUUAACCAGGGUCAGCCUUUAGUCAGAGGUUAAGCUGAUAUUUAUUUUUUGUAAAUUUACAUCCUCACACCUACCAUGGGUAGAAGAAGCUUCCUGGGCUGCUUCCUCCUGACUGUUCUGCUCAGCUUAUCAACUGCUGGGCUUGUUAAGAAAAUCAUACGUCAUCGAAGACAGACUCUGGUAGCCCCUAAUGAACAUAACGUCACCCUCCCCAGUGCAGACCAUCCUGUGGUUUUCAACCACGUCUAUAACAUCAAUGUUCCUGCCAGUUCGCUGUGCUCAGUAGACCUGGACGCCCCACAGAGCACACAGCUUCUUCCCAAAGAUUCGCCAGCUUCGUCAGGCCAUCACAUCACUGAGCACACCGUCGACGGGGAGAACCAGAUCGUGUUCACCCACCGCAUCAAUAUACCUCGUCAGGCCUGCGGCUGCGCUGACGACCUGCCCGGCCUGAAAGAGCUCAUGAGCCGCCUGGAGAUGCUUGAGGGAGAAGUUUCAGCUUUGAGAGAUCAGUGCACCAGCGACAGGCCCUGCUGCAGUGCACAGGUCACAGGUGAAAUAGGAACAAAACCUUACUGCAACGGUCAUGGAAACUACAGCACUGACACCUGUGGCUGUGUGUGUGAGCCUGGCUGGAAGGGACCCAACUGCACUGAGGCCGAGUGUCCCGGUAACUGCCAGGACCGGGGCCACUGUGUGGACGGAAAGUGUGAGUGCUUUAAAGGCUUCUCUGGAGAGGACUGCACGCUCGAGCUCUGCCCUGUGGACUGUGGAGCUCAUGGCAUGUGUGUGGAAGGCAUUUGCAUUUGCUCAGAUGGUUUCUUUGGUGACGACUGCUCUCAGACCGAGUGCCUCAACAACUGCAGAGGCCGCGGCCGCUGUGAUAAGGGAAACUGCGUGUGUGACAUACCCUGGACUGGCUUUGACUGCUCCGAGCUUAUGUGUCCAAAAGGCUGUUACGAUCAUGGGCGCUGUGUGAAUGGCACCUGCUACUGUGAUGAGGGCUACACCGGGGAGGACUGUAGAGAACCCACUUGUCCUAAUAACUGCCAAGGCAACGGUUUCUGUGUUGAUGGUCGAUGUGUCUGCACUGCCGGCUACAGUGGAGAGGACUGCUCUAAACUCACCUGCCUCAACGACUGUAACGGCAGAGGGACGUGCUUCAACGGGAUGUGUAUCUGUGACAUAGGCUACCAAGGAGAAGACUGCAGCCAGUUAGCAUGUCUGAACAACUGUAACAACAGAGGCCAGUGCAUAAAUGGACAGUGUGCAUGUGAUGUUGGUUUCCAGGGGGAUGAUUGCUCCGAGCUCUCCUGUCCCAGCGACUGCCUGCACAGAGGGCGCUGCGUUAACGGCCAGUGUGUGUGCGAUGAAGGCUUCGCUGGCGAAGACUGCAGCAUCAUGACCUGCCCCUCCAACUGCUAUGGCCGCGGCGAGUGCAUCGAUGGACGCUGCGCAUGUCAUGCAGGCUUCACUGGUGAGGACUGCGGUGCACUGAGCUGCCCAAACAACUGCAAGAACCGCGGGCGCUGCAUCGAUGGGCAGUGCGUUUGUGACGAAGGCUUCACUGGGGAAGACUGCAGUGAGAAAGCUUGUCCCAACGACUGCCUGGCCAGAGGUUACUGCGUUGAUGGCAAGUGCAUGUGUCAGGAGGGGUACUCUGGGAAUGACUGCUCUGUGCUUGCCUGUCCAGAGAACUGCAACAACAGGGGGCGCUGCAUUAACGGGAAGUGCACAUGUGAGAGUGGAUAUGAAGGAGAGAGCUGUGCAGAGCUCAGCUGCCUCAACAACUGCCAGGACAAAGGCCGCUGUGUGAGCGGUCAGUGCGUCUGUGAUGAGGGAUACAUUGGAGAGGACUGCUCUGAAGUGUCUCCUCCAAAGGACCUUAAUGUCGGCGAGGUCACCGCUAACACAGUGGACCUGUCCUGGAACAACGACAUGUUGGUGACAGAAUACCUUGUGACGUAUGUACCCACCAGUCCUGGGGGUCUUCUCCAGGAGAACACAGUUUCUGGGGACAAAACUUCCACCACUGUUAAAGAGCUUGAACCUGGCAUCGAAUAUCUGAUCAGUGUCUAUGCUGUCCUGAGCAACAAGAGGAGUGUCCCUGUCAGCGCCAGGGUGGCCACAGCUCUCCCACAGCCAGAGGGUUUAAAAUUCAAAUCAGUGAGAGAGACCUCAGUUGAAGUAAUUUGGGACCAGCUGGACAUCUCCUUUGAUGGCUGGGAGAUCUAUUUCCGCAACACGAAAGAAGAAAAUGGAAAAGUGGUGAGCACCCUUCCAUCCUCUCAAAACCAGUUUCUCCAGUCAGGCCUGGGACCAGGACAAGAGUAUGAAGUCUCCAUCAACAUCAUCAAGAAUAACACAAGAGGACCCCAAACAACCAAAACAGUCACAACCAAGACUGACGGCCCUCAGCAGGUGGAGGUGAAGGAUGUCACAGACUCCUCGGCACUGGUGAGCUGGACUCAGCCAGUUGUUCCUAUGGACAGAGUCACCAUGUUUUACAGGCCCACUUCCGACCCCUCAGACGAAAGCAAUGCAGAGAUUUUCCCCCCAGACAAGCAAUACAGCAUCGAUGGUCUGAGACCAGACACUGAGUACACAGUGAUGGUCUCCUCCAGCAGUGGAAACAUCAGCAGUGACCCUGUCAUCACCACUUUCACUACAGCUCUGGAUGCCCCCAAGCACCUGCGGCCCGUGUCUCAGACGGACAGCAGCAUCACUCUGGAGUGGACUAACAGUCAGGCUGAUGUCGGCAUCUAUCGGGUGAAAUACACCCCGAUCUCUGGAGCAACUCACGGUGAGGAAGUGUUCCUGCGAGGACCAGGAGACACCACAAAAGCUACUAUCACUGGGCUAAAUCCAGGGGCGGAGUAUGGGAUUGGUGUUACUGCCAUGAAGAUAGAGAGAGAGAGCCUCCCAGCCACUACAAAUGCAGAAACUGACAUCGAUCCUCCCAGAGAUUUUGAAGAAGUCGAGUCCACAGAGACCUCCCUCACUUUGAAGUGGGAGAAACCUACAGCCAAGUUCGGUGGCUACAGGCUGGUAUACGUCUCCAGAGACGGCCAGGUCGAGGAGGUGGAGAUCCCGGCCACUGCAACGAGCCAUGUCGUGACCAGCCUGACUCCUGGAAUGGGCUACACUCUCACGUUGACUGCAGAGAGGGGACACAAGAGAAGCACGCCUGUCAUCCUGUCUACAGCCACAGCCUCGUUCACAUUUUAUUUAGCUGAUUCAGACGACGCUGAGCUUACAACUCCUACAGCCUCGGAGGACAAUGUGAUUAGCUUUGUAAAUUUAGAGCCCUCUGAGUCCCAGUUCUCUGGGAUGGAGUCUGAGGAUGAGCUUGGAACGCUGACUGUUUCAGGCAUCACGUCUGAUGGAUUUGACCUCUCAUGGAGACUAAAGGCUCACAGCCUUUAUGAUAGCUUUGCAGUAGAAUAUAAAGACCCUCAGCGAUUAUGGGAUGUGAGAGAGGUCCAACUUCCUGGAAAUGCCACUGGCUCUAGAUUUGAAGGCCUGGCGCCAUUGACAGAGUAUCAGAUAAAACUUUAUGGAAUAACAAGUAGCCAGAGAUCUGCGCUACUUGAAGCUGUUGCAGUCACAGCACCCGAGCCUACCUCUCCAGGCGUACUUACGCUGAGUAUUAAAGAUGCCACAACAACCACACAGUCUGCUCUGGAUAAUGACACAAUUCAAACCACAGAUCUCCUCCAUCCUGUAAACACUGAGCCUCCUUCCAUCUCUGAUACUGUUGUGAUGAGCUCAGGGGCUGAAAGCUCAAACAUGGAUGUACUUGGGGACUUAAAAGUCACAAACGCUACCUCCACUAGUGUAAGCUUGGCUUGGUCUGCGCCCAACGAGGCGUUCGACAGCUUUAUGGUGGAGCUCAGUUCUCCAUCAGGGGUGACACAAGCUCAUGUGACUACAUUACCAGGAAAUGUGAGGAAGGCUGAAAUAGAGGGUUUGACCCCCUCGACACAUUAUGAUGUUACUUUACAAGGGCUGGUGGAUGGAAAUCGAUCUUUGCCUCUCAAAGUUUUUGCUACUACAGAGGAGCUGAAGCCCAUGGUGGUGAACCUCACCAUCUCUGACAUUACAUGGGACAGCUUCACUGCGUCCUGGACCCCCAUGGUUGGGGACUUUGACAGCUUUGUCAUUGAGGUAACAAACUUGGAGAAUUUCGCAGAGAGCCAGAACCUCUCGCUGUCUGGAGACGCUUUCAGCCUGGGCAUCCCUGGGCUGAAUCCCAACACCAGCUACAUGGUUGGCCUGUACGGGAUGUAUGAUGGCUCCUUCCUUGAGCCUGUGUACAGUGAAGCCACCACAGAGGCUGAGCCGGAGGUGGAGCAUCUCUUUGUCUCUGACAUCACUGCCGACAGCUUCCGUCUGUCGUGGGCGGCAGAUGAAGACAUGUUUGACAGAUUUGUGAUUAAAAUAAGAGACAGCAAAAGGCUAGCCCAUCCUAAGGAGUACAGUGUCCGCGGUGACGAGCGAACCAUGGUUUUAACUGGACUCAUGAGUGGCACUGAGUAUGAAAUUGAGCUUUAUGGUAUCACAUUGGACCAACGCUCCCAACCUAUCACUGGGGUUGCUCAGACAGGCCUGAGCACUCCAAGCGGAAUUCACUUCUCUGAAGUCACGGAUUCUUCUGCCGUAGUUCACUGGUCUAUGUCUUCCUCUCCUAUGGAUACCUACCGCAUCGUCUAUGUGCCCUUUGAAGGAGGAAGCCCAAUGACAGUGACUGUGGACGGCAGUGUGUUUGAGGUUGCGCUGCCCAACAUGAUCCCUGGCAAAACCUACCAAGUGACUGUCAGUGCUGUGAAAGGUCUGGAGGAAAGCGACCCCAGCACAGACACUGUAACCACAGCUCUGGACAGACCUCAGGGCCUGAUUGCAGUUAAUGUCACUGACACGUCAGCCCUGCUGCUGUGGCAACCGUCUGUGGCCACAGUGGAUGGCUACGUCAUCACCUACAGGGCAGAUUCAGUGUCCCCGGUGGUGGAGCAUGUUUCUGGAAACACUGUGGAGUUUGAGAUGGGCUCCUUAGUUCCUGGAACCCACUACACAGUUGGAGUUCAUGCCAUGAAAGAAGCUCAGAAGAGUGGAUCUGCUGUUACUGAAUUCAUCACAGAUGUGGACCCUCCUCGUGAUCUGACAGCUAUAAACAUCCAAACUGACAGUGCUACUCUGACGUGGAAACCUCCGCAGGCUGCUGUGACGGGUUACACACUCACCUUCUCUUCUGCUGAUGGUGUAAUCAGGGAAGUGGUGCUGAGCCCGACAGCCUCCUCUUACAGCAUGGCUCAGCUCACUGGUUCCACAGAGUACAGUGUAAAACUGCAGGCCAUCGCUGGGCCCCAGAGGAGUCGGCAUGUAGCCACUGUCUUCACGACCAUUGGACAGUUGUUCAGACGACCCAGGGACUGUGCUCAGAUAUAUCUGAAUGGAGAGACGACCUCUGGUCUAUACACAAUCCAUGUGGGAGGAGAGGAGGGCCAGCCCAUCCAGGUUUACUGUGACAUGACCACAGAUGGCGGAGGAUGGACGGUUGCCCUCAGACGCCAGAAUGGAAAACUGGAGUUCUACAGGAACUGGAAGAACUACACCGCUGGCUUUGGUAACAUGAAUGAUGAGUUCUGGCUGGGUCUCUCCAACCUUUAUAAAAUGACAUCCUCUGGGCAUUAUGAGCUGCGAGUGGACUUGAGGGACAAAGGGGAAACCGCCUACGCCCAGUAUGACAAGUUCACGCUUGCAGAACCAAGAACACGUUAUAAAAUCUACAUAGGGGCAUACAGUGGAACAGCAGGUGACUCCAUGACUUACCACCAGGGUCGACCAUUCUCGACCUAUGACAACGAUAACGAUAUCGCUGUCACCAACUGCGCCUUGUCCUACAAAGGUGCAUUUUGGUAUAAAAACUGUCAUCGCGUCAACCUCAUGGGGAAAUACGGCGACAACAGUCACAGUAAGGGAAUCAACUGGUUCCACUGGAAGGGCCACGAACACUCGAUUGAAUUUGCGGAGAUGAAGAUCAGACCAGCCAACUUCAGAAACUUUGAGAGCAGAAAAAAACGAUCAUAGACUUGUGAACCACCUCCUCCUUCUCCUCUUCCUCACCUCCUCCUCUGCUUCACCAGCGGUCAUGACCUUUGGUGUCCCCUCAUCUUUAAUUUCUCUCUAAAUUACUCACAAACCAAGGUAAUCACACUGAAUGUAAUCAGUUCUGGCUGUGAGAAACAAACUUGGUCAGUUUACGCCAAAGAAUUUUCCAAUUGGCACCGUUGUGUGAGCGAUAAUAUUUCUGUGUUCCAGGGGAAAUUAGCUUUUAAGUGUGAAUGGACAUAAUAGAGCAUGUGUUAUAGGGACCUAAACAGCUGUUCAUAUAAGAAGUAAUUAUAAAAUUGUAUAAAUGAAUCCACUGAAUCAGUAACAUGUCAAAGGCACAUAUAGUCGGAAGGCGUCGGACCACAUCCUUCACGUCCGCUGAGGUCAAGGGAAUUUAACUCAUGUGUUGCAUUAGUUCAGUUCCUCCAUCCUCAACAGAGUUAUGUUACAAAAAUAAUCAAUUAAAAAAAAAAAAAAAAAAUAAUUUGUUUUAUUUCCAAAUACUCUGCUAGGUUUCAUGGAAAGAACCAUAUAAUUUGUGUAAUUUUGUUUAAAAUAGAGUGAUGACUUUUGUAAAUGCUGAGAAAGAACAACUGUGAGACUUUUAUUCAGAGGAGAUCAGCUGAGCUGAGCAGAAAUAUUUAAUGUGUCUGCAAACAAACAUCAUGCAACGGUUGGAUAGUCAGUGGCAGAGCUAGGAUUUUCCUAAAUCUGGAGCCACAAAGGGGACACAACUUACACUGAGGGGCCAAUUGUGUGUCAAAUACAAAUCCUUAUUCAAUAAGUCACUCCUUGUUUACUGUUAGCUUUGAGCAGAGCCACACAUCAUGAAUAGGAAAUGUGGUCCUUGUUAAGCACAAUGUGAACUUCAAAAAGGUUCAGAAAAAAAAAAGAAAUAAAUUCAAUAAAUUAGUAACAAAUAUUCUCUGGCGUUUAAAUGGAGCUAAUUAUUUGCUAUUAAAUUUCAGAGCAUGGUCAAUACUGAACCCUGCUGAUGAACUAAAACAACAAUCUUUGCUUUGUCUUUCUUUCCUGUGAUUAGAAACAAACCACAUGGUUCUUUCCCAGAAACUUACAUGAAGUUAAUGAUGAAUUAAGGGACCUGUAAAAUGAGGCCUAAUAUAAAUGUAUGAAAUCAUAUAUAUUAAUCAGCAAAUAAACUCCAUGAAAUGUUGCCAUAUAUAAACUGUACAACUGGGAUAUUGAGUGUAUUUGUAGGCCACUAAGUUGAAUCCAUAUUUAAAAUUUGAUCAACACAUUUUGAUUAAGAAAAAAAAAAGAACAAAUUGGAUGCCCUGUAAGUUUUAAGAAAAAUAAAAUUUUGUU